ACCUGAUCCUGAUAGCACGCAAAAUGCGCAGCGCUGUUGUGGUCGUCCUCCUGGUGGUGAUGGCUGUGAGCCUUCAGCUGACACUCGCCGUCAACUUGCAGUACCCAGAGCGUGAAAUGGUGUCCGAGUUGGCGGCGCAGAUCCUGCGCGUGGCUCAGGGGCCCUCGGCCUUCGACGCGGGACCUCACAAGCGCAACUCGGAGCUGAUCAACUCCCUCCUGGGGAUCCCCAAGGUCAUGAACGACGCCGGAAAGAGAUAGACAAUGAGGGUGAAUCUACUACGGCAAAUAAACUGAAAAUACCUUUGCCAUGACGACGCCGGCUUCCUCCACACUCCCUCCUUGAUAGAACAAAUGUUGCAACAUUAACCCAAUAUAACUUUGCCAAUAUAUCUAUUGAUAUACA